ACUCUCGACUUUAAAAAGUCUCUUUCUCUCAAUCUAUCUAUCUAUCUAUCGACCAUCGCCUUUAACACUCAAUUUUCCAAAAUGUCGAACAUUCAUCAUCAGAAUCGCCGGCCUUCGUUUUCGUCGUCGACAAAAUCGUCCAUAGCGAAGCGUUCGGAAAACAUGACUUCGAAACCAGCGGUUAUGACGAAGAAACGAGCCCCGCUUGGUAACAUCACAAAUCAAAAGAAGGGUUCACGAUCUUCUUCUGAUCUCGCCGCCGCCAAUAAGUCCAAGCUAGCAAUUAGUGUAAAGCCAAGCGUAAGCAAAGGAACUUCUCCUAGCAAAUCUGAUGAUGAGGAGACGAUGUCUUCGUCCUACAAGAGCCCUCAAGUGGAGUACAUCGAACAAGUCUCCUCCUCCUCCGCUGUUGUUUCCAUCGAAAGGAAGGCGUUGAGUAAUCUUUACAUAACUCCCAGUUCAGUUAACUGUUGCAGAAGAGAUGUGUUGUCUGAUAAGGAGAAUAGGGAUAAGGUUGUAAACAUAGACAACAAUGACGCGGAUCCGCAGCUCGUUGCAACGUUUGCUUGUGAUAUCUACAAGCAUCUUCGUGCGGCAGAGACAAAGAAGCGGCCUGCUACCGAUUUCAUGGAGAGAGUUCAGAAAGAUGUUAACUCAACUAUGCGCGGAAUCUUAGUUGAUUGGCUUGUUGAGGUAUCAGAAGAGUAUAGGCUUGUACCCGAGACGCUUUAUUUGACAGUGAACUACAUUGAUAGAUAUCUAUCUGGGAAUGUGAUUAGUAGACAGAAGCUUCAGUUGCUUGGUGUGGCGUGUAUGAUGAUAGCAGCAAAAUACGAGGAGAUAUGUGCACCCCAAGUUGAGGAGUUCUGCUACAUCACUGAUAAUACAUACCUCAAAGAUGAGGUUCUUGACAUGGAAUCUGCUGUUCUGAAUUACUUGAAGUUUGAAAUGUCAGCGCCAACAACCAAAUGCUUUUUAAGACGCUUUGUUCGGGCUGCUCAUGAGGUCCAUGAGGCUCCACUGAUGCACCUGGAAUGUAUGGCCAGCUACAUUGCGGAAUUAUCCCUUUUGGAGUACACAAUGCUUUCGCAUCCUCCUUCACUGCUUGCUGCUUCAGCCAUUUUCUUGGCCAAGUACAUUCUAGACCCGACAAGGAGACCAUGGGUAUGUACUUGUACUUUGUUUAGACCAUGGAACUCGACAUUGCAACAUUAUACGCAGUAUAGAGCAAUGGAAUUGAGAGGAUGUGUUAAGGAUCUUCAACGAUUGUCUAGUAACGCUCAUGUCUCUACUCUUCCUGCUGUAAGAGAGAAGUACAGUCAACACAAAUACAAGUUUGUGGCAAAGAAGUUUUGUCCAUCCAUAAUCCCUCCAGAGUUCUUCAACAACAGUUAGAUCAAUCCUCAAUUAACUUUGUUCCAAUGCUGCGUUGGAUUGUCUGAUUGUAUAUGAUUAUUCCUGCUGUUUCUGCAGUUUCUUAAAAAAAAAUUAGCUAUC